GCGGGCAAUCGUCGGGAAAAUGGUCACGAGAGCGGAUCUAUGCGUCGGUCGUUCUCCAAGUCGGCCACGGACCUUCUCCAUCGCACAAGCUCCAUCUUCCAUCUCCCUUAAUACGUCAGGCGACAUAUCCCCAAGAGGGUCGCCGCCCCUGGACCCGCGAAAGGCGGAAGGAGAGAGACCGCGACCCAACACCCAGCCCAGACCAGCGCCCUCCUUCUUCACCACGCUCAGGAGAAUGAAACAGAUGGCAACGGGACUGAAGACUAAGUUCCAGCGCACUUUGAGUAAGGAUAGCAAGAUGACGCGGAGGAAAGAUGUACUGAUGGAUGGAGUCAGAAGCAACUCGCAUCCAGACGUGAGCGUCGACCGACAGGACAGCACGACGGACUACGCAGCGGAUAACUCGUCAGCCGAACAAUCGUCCACGGGCACACCUCUUACCAUGUCCCCUAGGCGAGGUGUCCUGCUCGCCUCCCGUCACACCUCCCAUGACACGUCCGGGGGAGGUACCUUUCCCGGGGGUGAGUCUGGGGACCAAGGUAGUGUCCCCAGCGGCGCCCAUCUGUCCAGCCUCACGCCGCCCACGCCCGCCCGUUUCCGUCACAACAGCCAAGACGCUCGUUCCCAUUCGCCAGAGAGCGAAACGUCGCAUCAACAGAACCAGGCUUCCAGCAGCGGAACGGUGUGUGAGGUCUGGUCUCAGGAGGACCCGUCCGUGCUGCGGCAGAGAGCUCUUCGCCAGCACUCCUUUUUCCAGCUUCACGUCCACCUCAAACGCGGGGAGAACCUGGUGGCUCGGGACGCCUGCGGAACGAGUGAUCCUUACGUCAAGUUCAAGGUGCAGGGGAAGUUGGUCCACAAGUCCAAGACGGUCUACAAGGACCUCAAUCCUAUCUGGGACGAGUCCUUCACGGUGGCUAUUGAGGAUCCUUUUGAACCAGUUGUUGUCAAGGUGUUUGACUAUGACUGGGGCCUUCAGGACGACUUUAUGGGGUUGGCGUCCAUCGAUCUCGCCACCCUGGAGCUGGACAAGUCACACGACGUGGUGUUGACACUGUCGGAGGCCGGGAAGAGCGGGUACAUGGGAGUCCUAUACCUGGGCCUCACACUGCAGCCCAAGACCCAGGAGGAGAAGGAGCAGUACCUACAGCGGGGAGGUUCUCGCCUGGCGGAGCAACAGAGGCGGCUUAAGAGUCAGAUCUGGAGCUCCGUCGUCACCAUUGUAUUAGUCGAGGGAAAGAAUCUUCCUAUGGACCCCGAUGGCACGUCUGAUCCCUACGUUAAGUUUAGACUCGGUAAUGAGAAGUACAAGAGUAAAGUGGAACUACACACUUUGACGCCCAAGUGGUUAGCACUUGACUUUCACCUGUUUGAGGACCAGAGUCAGAUCUUGGAGAUAACUGGGAAGGAUGUGAGGAGUAAAGACGAUUUUAUGGGCAAGUGUAGUUUAGACGUAACGCAGUAUGACCGAGAAAAGACGCAUCAUGUAUGGGUAUUGGACAAGAAUGCUGGUCUUCCCACUCACACUAUCUCAGGCACAACUUCCUCAGAAACUAUAUCUGAUCUUCUGAGUUACCAAGAAAACCCCAGGGUUGAGAGCAUAUCAAACAGAUACAGAAUAUCAAGAACACUUCACAACCUGAAAGACAUCGGCCACCUGAGAGUUAAGAUAUACAAGGCUCAGGGUCUGGUGGCUGCUGACAUUGGUGGAAAGAGUGAUCCCUUCUGUGUAUUGGAGCUUAUUAAUGCAAGACUUCAAACUCAGACAGAGUACAAGACACUAUCACCUAACUGGAACAAAAUAUUUAGCUUUAACGUCAAAGACAUUCACAGUGAAUUAGAGGUGACAGUCUAUGAUGAGGACAGGGACCAUAAGGUGGAAUUUCUCGGUAAAGUCGUCAUUCCUUUACUCAAGAUCAAGAAUGGUGAGAAGAAAUGGUACUCCCUAAAGGACAAGAAAUUAAGAGCGAGAGCCAAGGGAACUAAUCCUGAGAUCCUCCUAGAGUGUUCUGUUGAGUGGAACCCAGUACGUGCUGCCGUGAGAACGUUCACCCCAAAGGAAGACAAGUAUAUGCAGGUGGAGCAAAAGUUCAAACGCCAAGUGUUCAUUACGAAUGUGAAUCGCCUUAAGGCCUGUAUCAUGGACGUGUAUGAUAUGGGGAUGUUUAUCAAGUCAUGCUUUGAGUGGGAGUAUCCAAUCAGAAGUACCCUAGCUUUCAUUCUGUUUAUGGUGGGAACGUAUUGCUUUGAGCCCUACAUGAUUCCCAUCAUUCUGCUGACCUUGUAUCUAAGAAACUACAUAAUACUGUCAAUAGUGGGCACCAUGAUGCACCGAGAGGACGAUAAUGACUUGUCCGCAGAUGAAGACGAUGUUGAUGAUGACGACAAAGACAAGAGUGAGAACCCAGAGGUAAGACAAGGUCAAAAACACAUGGCAGAUUGUGCAUCCCCUACUAACCCCAGAAAACCUAAGGAGGAGAAGAAAACAUUGAAGGAGCGGCUACAAGUUAUACAGGAGGUGACGGCGACUGUCCAGAACGCGAUAGGCUUCAUAGCGUCCAUCUGUGAGAGUUGUAAAAACACCUUCAACUUCUCGGUGCCGUUCCUUUCAUGGCUGUUGAUACUGGUGUUGAUGGUGGGGACAGUGAUUCUGUACUACAUCCCCAUCCGUUACCUGGUGAUGAUGUGGGGCAUCAACAAGUUCUCACGCAAGUUGGUGCGCCCGCACUCCGUAAUUAACAACGAAAUAUUAGACUUCCUAUCUAGAGUACCGGAUGAUGAAAUAUUGCGUGACUGUCGUGAAUUACGUCCGAUCGCUCAGUCCCACCACGACGAUAAAAGAAGAGAGCAUCGGAAAAAGAAGAUGAAUUAAUGCCCUGUAUCAGGGACGGCUAUGUUACGGUUUCAUUAUUCUUCCCUCUACCCCCCCCUCCCCCCCGGGUGCCUCAUAUAGCGAUGAAUUAGGAUAAAUAUUUACAGGUAACGGGGAGUAAGGUACCCCACGUUGAUGGACUUCUUUUGACACAUGAGAAACAAGACUGAAAUCAAGGAAGAGGAAAGACUUAAGCCAGUUAUGUGGCUCUUAUGUUAUUCACGAUAAUUAGUACAUAGUUUAUUCUUCUGGAAGCUGUACCUCAUUUGCCUGGGGACAAAUAUCACGUGAACUACUAUAGAUAACUGGGUAGAUAGAAAACUGAAGUCCUUGUUAAAAAAAAAAAAACUUUCAUCAAGUCUUGUAAUAGAUUAAAGUCUUCAUAAUAGAGAAGUUAUCUUAGGAGAUGCUAGUUAGUCAACAUAAUAUAUAUAAAGAUGAAAAGAUUCCAGGGUCAGACUAUUCCAUGAUUUACUGCCAGAUCUGCUGGAAUCUUGAGAGUUUAAUCUUUUCUGGGUUUAAACUACGAUGUACAAGAAUAUUAAAAAAUAAAAAAGUAGAAUCCCAGCACUGGUGGAUUCUAUUUUCAGCAGCAUGAUAGGAAUCCAAACUUUUAUGCAUUUGUAUGAUUGUAUUUACUUGUUGUUGUUGUUGUUAUUGACAGUCUUUCAUAUGUCUUUGUAUUGCCAUUUUCGUAACAGUUUUAUAGGAGUUGAUUUGACGUACGGCGAUGAUACGAAUGAAUGUUUGAAAUAAUGAAAUUGACUAUUAGUGAAUUUCUCUCAACUCUGGUUAACUGCAUAUUAAGUGAGUCUUUAUAAUUUAGUCAUCCAUCAGUCAGAUCACCACCACUUUAAACAUGGGAUGCUUCAGUGUUGGUGCAUUUAAAACAAAACACAAAGCUUUAUCUGUAGAUUGUGAGGAACCCAUAUCAAUGCCUCUAUAAUGAUUGUUAAUGUUAUUCAUUAUCAUUUAACAUGUGGGGCAUCGUAUUCUAACAUAAAGCGUUAUUCAGACAAUUAUCAUAUCCUCUCCUGUACAUGAACCAACAAUCAAAUGAGCUUCAGUAAUGCAUGGUGUCAGAAUAUGUUACCCCAGUGUAUUAAGAUGUACUAUAGCCAAGUUUGUCAAGUACAGUAUUGGAUGGUGGUGGUGCAGUGUAGUGUAGUGUAAAGAUAGCAUUUCUUUUUCUUUAUUAAAUUUCAGAUUAUUUCCAUACUAUACACUACAUCAACAAUAUAUAUAUAAGGCGAGAGAUAUUCCCCAGCGCCAGGAUGGUAGAGUUUGUAGCUAUCGGGUGGUAAACAAAAGUUUAUCUUGGGUAGUCGAAAUUGCUGCAAUUAGUGCCAAAUCUAAAUUGGGAAAUCGCUAACAAAGUUUAUAUAUACGUAUAUAUAUUUGCACAAAUUGGGACUGAAAUAUAUACAUAACAGUUCCUUCAACAAAUACAAAAUGUGUAUUGUUUGAUAUACAAAACAUAAAUUAAAUAGUUAUAUACAGCAGUUAAAUUAAGAGUUCAAGGUUGUUGUGAUUCUCAGGUGGUUGUCUGACACAUUCCCGGGAAGUUGAUCGCUCUUCCUCGGACUGUGACCACGAACUAGAUGAAUUUAACCCAUAGGAGCAACCUUAAUUAAUGUCAGUAUUCAUGUUUUGAGGAUGUAUUUCUGACUGGUGUUUAUACAGUACCUGUAGUUUGAAGCUUCAUGUCUAAAGUUUUAUAUUAUUAUCAGUGUCGAAAUACAAUGUCUGAGAUUUUUUAGACUGGUUUGGGAUACCUAUCUAUGUCACCCAGGUUCAUACAAAGUUUAUAUAAAUUCAGUGUAGAAGUUUAUGGGGGGAGGGAGAGGAAUAUUGGUUGCCUACUUGAGGUCUGGGUAGUCCUUCUAAACCCUGGCCGUAAAUUUUCUGGAUUACCUGUAGCAAGAGUGAUCAAAUAUCUGGCUGACAUAAUGAUAGAACUUGAAAUUUAAUAAGUUACAUACACAAUAUGAAGUGUAUUUUCUACCCAAACAUGAAUACUGAUGUUAAAUGAGCAUCUUCUGGUGGGUUUGGUUUAUUUUAUUCAUAUUCACAUUUGAGGAGGACCCCAAGUUGAUAUACCUUCUUCUUAGAUGUACUGACUUGUCUCACACCUGCCGGAGCUCUUCACAUUAUUAAUUGGAUGGGUGACGUAGCAUAAUAUAUUUUCGAGGUUGUUGCUGUACAAUUUCUUCAGUCAUAAUAUUGAAUAGUUCUUUGGUUGGCAGAUCUUGUAUAAAUUUCAUGGUUUUGUAUACAAGAUUCCCUUCAUUUUUAAGGGAAUCUUUGAUAAAAAAUAAUAGUCGUGUUUGUCCACUACAAGCUUGUCAACUGUUAUCUUCUCUAUAAAGGAUUUUUGACACUGACAAUGGACCACUGUCAGUACAUGAAUUUCCCCCACUACUAUACCAGAGAGGCUGAUGCACAAGUUAACCUCAGUUCUCCUGGACACUACAGGUAUCAUCAGAUAUAUAUUGUAUAUAUAUUUUAAACUGCUUUAUACAAGCACAAGUGAUAGAUCUGAAUGGUAACUGCUAAUGACCCCACAUAUAAUCAGUUUUAUCAUAACUGUAAAAGCUGUAUCUAGUCACUGUCUAGUAUUAUUUCUGUAAAGCCACUGAAACUUUGCAUCGUCAACAGUUGGAUUAAUUAAGAGGUGACACACGAUGUACCACUUUUGACCAUUGAAUUUUUAUAAAUUUUUAAAAUUGUGGUCUGUAAUAAUAGUUGUAAAGGCAACAGAGUUGAUAAUCAUAUCUUGAGUCACUUAGGUAAGGAAACCUUAUUUUGUUUGUUAUUCUGGUGAUGGUGGUUGAUUACUAGUGUGUUGUAGCAUUUUUUAUAUCGAAUGUGUAUGAUUAAAUAUUUACCUGUGAUAUGCAAGGUUGUUAGGGCAUCAUGUACUUUACUUUAAUUCUUCUUUUCCUUAAUUGCUUUAUCUCUCUCUUGGAAUUCAUGAGAUAGUGAAACAUCCAAGAAGAUUAUUGGAUAACUGAUAUAGUGUUCAUAGGAAAAGGCAGUCAUUGGUUAAAUUAAUAGGGUUUGUUAUUAAGGUUCAGGAUAAAAAUAUAUAUUGGUUGUGUUGAUAUAGUGUACCUAAAUUAAUAAUUCCAUUCGGUUGUUGAGGAUUAUCACUGGACUCCAUAACCCAUGAGAUUUGGAUUAAUUCAUGAUCCAGGAAGUGGUUGGGCUACAGUAGUUCAGUCACUCCCUACUGUUCCUCUCUCUCAUCACUUGACCUCUUUUUACCAGGUCAAUACUCACACAGUAUCCCUUUUUCUGUUAAUUAAAACGUUUGGAAUCAUGAUUUAAAACAAGAAGACCUGAUGUUAGUUACAAAGCAUAAAAUUCUCAAAAAUGAAUACCCUGUAUUGUACAUUGUAUAAGGUGCCAGAAAAAUACUGAAGUGACAUUACACUUUUUAUUCACUAUUGUGCAUAACUUUACAAAAACUACACCAAUGUUUCAGGUAUUUUUUUUAGUUCUUUUGAUAUUCCAUAAUGGCAACAACUUAAAGCUAAUAUUUGUCUUGUCAUAUGAGACUCCAUUUUGACGUGAAUUACCGGUAAUUUCAAUUAACACUGACAUUUUCAUGGCAUUUUAUAGCAGUUACCAUAAGUAUUACAUUUGUUGAAGCUUCUGUUGUAAAAUGAUCUACAAAUUCUGCCUCAAACCACUGCUGAAGAUUGUCCAUUGUUGCAGCCAGCUGUGUUUAGCGACCACUCACACUGUUACUCACCUGAAACACACAAUAUAAACUUCACUUCAGUUUUAUCUGGUCCACUUUGUAUCCAGGGAAAUAACUUGUAAUCCUUUACCUAUACAAAUAUGGCAUGAUAUUUAUUAUUAAACAGUAUAUAUAAAGUAUAUGGUAUACUGUAUUCUUUUUUUACAUUUUUGGAGUGCUAGACUUAAAGGUUUCUCAUAUAAAUCUAGUGGUAACUUUUAUCAUAUGAAGACAGAUUAUAAUAACUUACUGUUAUAGCUAUACUGCCCAAGUGAGAACUUGUAAACUAAAAAAAAAAAUAUGUAUUAAUAAAACAAAUACUACUCAUAUAAUUAAAGUGGAUUGUCAACAAGUAUACACAAAACUUUCUCCAGUUAGUUCCAAAAAAUAUUAGAAUUAACGUAAUUCUCCUCUUAUGAAGAAUUAGAUAAACUAUGGUUUCGAAAAGUGGCUCUCUCUCUCUCUCUCUCUCUCUCUCUCUCUCUCUCUCUCUCUCUCUGGGAAUCCAAUUACUACUUCACUUCUUCCCAUUACCAAAUAGUCAUUCCCAGUUCUUCUUCAUCUACAUUAUAGGAAGUAUCCAAGGGUUGGUAAUGAAUUGGUAUAUUUAUGUAUUUAUUGAACAAACUGUUAACACUUGCAGCAAAUUCUGAUGUUGAAUAUUUUUUUUUUAGAGUAUAAUUUGUUAAGUGGUGAUGGACGGGGUGUUGAAAAGAGAUGUAAUUGUUUUGUAUUUGGGAUACCAGAACUUUCACUGUGGCUAGAACAUUCAGUAAUUGUUUAAUUUUUAUAUAAACCAGGAUAUCAAAUUUUUGUAGUGUUAUUUAUGUAUUGACACUACUGUAUAUCAUACAGUGCUCUCGGGCUGUAGUGUGAAAAAUAGUGUAAAAUUUAUAGUUAAUUCGUUAUGGAUUAUGUGGCAUUAAUUUGGUAAGUUUCAGGAUUGAUGGUCAGUUAUUAGUUGUAUUUCCACUUCAUGUUUGGAGGUGUGAGAUACAAUACUGUAUUAUAAGUCUUAUUGAUCCAGUCAUUAUUAAACUAGUCUACUGGUAAAGUAAUAGUGGAAAUAUAGGCUAUACUUAAUACAGUAUUAUUAAACGUGGAAAAUAUUAUUUAAUGUUGAAUCAUUGUACUGUACAUUAUAUUUAACUAAUUUAGCAUAGUGACUCUUACUUUGAAUCUCUUAAUAAUUAUCCUAUUAGAGAAGCAGAACUGUAUGCAUCCUAUUUAUCAUACAGAAUUGUUACUCGGUGAAAAGUUUAUCUACAAGUUUGAAGAUCGUGAAAAAGGAGGAAGACCUUAUUUUUAUAAUGUUAUAAAUAUAGAUACCUACUUGUACAUUAAAAUUAUCAUACAGGUUACCAUUGGCUCAUUAUGUAUAGUUGUGAACAAGUCCUGUCGCAUUCUAUGCUGCACUGAACCUUGAGAUACAGACUCAUGACUCCGAAGCAUUUAUGAGCAGGAUAAAUGAAUCUGUGUCUACUGCUUCUGUUUCAUGAGUCUGAAUCUCGAGGUUCGUGGAGCAGCAGGAGAUACGACGAGACUUCACCAUAGUAGUAAAUUCAACCCAGAAUAACUCGAGGAAGCUGUUUAAUGUUAUCUCCCUAUAAUAUACAAUAUUGAAAUGUCCACCUUUUAGUUGUAACACACUGUCCGGAGAUAAAGCAACUUGUACUCCGAUAUGACAGAAGAUGCGCUUAAAUAACACAUAAAAUUUGAUAUCCUGUCCAUUUUGUAGGCGAGAGCACGUCCUAGAGUCCGCUAAUACGCCACCCUGGAGACCCCCUUCCUCCUAUGCAUGUCCUCCUCCAAUGUGUUGUCCUCACUCCAUCCAUGCGGUGAUAUAAUUCUUAUUUGUUUGUAAACACCGCUGCCAUUUGGUGCCACUGAUAAUAAACAUUGUUUCAUGUUCUCUUUGAUUAUCUUAUACUUUAAAUAAAUAUCUUUUCUAGCAAA